CCAAUGGGGAGGCAGGAAGGCCGCCGCUUCCGGUGGGAGCGCUUCCGGGUGAGGGCAUGCGACUGUGGGCGCUGGCGAGCGGCGGGCGGGCGAGGCUGAGCAGCAGCGUGGCCGCCAUGGCCAAGAGCAAGUUCGAGUACGUACGGGCCUUCGAGGCGGACGACGCCUGCCUGCCCAACACCUGGGCCGUGGUGCGCCUGGACGGCCGCAACUUCCACCGGUUUUCUGAGCAGCAUGGCUUCACGAAGCCCAACGAUGACCGUGCCCUGCAUUUGAUGACCAAGUGUGCCCAGACGGUGAUGGAAGAGCUGGAGGAUAUCACCAUUGCGUACGGACAGAGUGAUGAAUACAGCUUUGUUUUCAAGAAGAAAAGUAACUGGUUUAAAAGAAGAGCAAGUAAGUUCAUGACCCACGUAGUUUCCCAGUUUUCCUCCAGCUAUGUCUUCUACUGGAAGGAUUAUUUUAAGGACCAGCCACUUCUGUAUCCGCCAGGAUUUGAUGGAAGAGUUGUGCUGUACCCCAGCAACCAGAAUUUAAAGGACUACCUCAGCUGGAGACAAGCUGAUUGCCACAUUAAUAACCUCUACAAUACAGUAUUUUGGAUGCUUGUGCAACGAAGUGGCUUGACUCCAGUACAAGCACAAAAUAGAUUACAGGGAACUUUGGCUGGAGAUAAGAAUGAAAUUUUGUUUUCCGAAUUCAACAUUAACUACAACAAUGAGCCCUUGCUGUAUAGAAAAGGAACUGUACUAAUAUGGCAAAAGGUUAAUGAGGUCACUACAAAAAGAAUCCAAUUUCCAAAGGAAACUGAAGAGAAGGAAGUUGAAGUGACGCGGACCAGGAAUAAAGUUGUCCCUCUGCACUGUGACAUUAUUGGGGACCAGUUCUGGGAAGAGUAUCCUGAAAUCCUGGCUGAUGACAGCUGAUAUUUCCAGUUUGAAUUUAGGUGUAAAGGACAGUUUACAGUUUAGUCUAUGGGGGCCUUUGUGAACUGAAGAGCAUGGCAGGUUGGCUGGAAUAAUUUCACUUUGUAACCUUUAUUGUGAAAGGUAUUGAAAUCUUAAAAAACACUGUAUCCUUGUCUGUAGUGCAAAUAGAUCCUCCAGCAAAAGCUAGAAUCAGGUCCCUUUCAAAACAGCAAGAACCCUUUGUGAAUGACCAAAUUGACCCUUGUAAGGCUGCAUUUGCCUCAAGACUGAUUACAGUAUUAUAAUGUAUUUAUGUAGCAUCCUGGACAUCAAAGUCCCAGGCUGCUUUAUACAGUUGGUUAAAGUAAAAUUAUUUACUUUUUAGAACAGUGUAAAACAACAGGAAAACUGUUUCUUUAGAUUUGCUUAUAACCAUGAAGCAGAUUGGAGUAUGUAGGGUAGUGCUUUUAAAUUAAACGCCAAGACUGUGGAGCUUAGUAACAAAAUAUUGAAGAACUGUACAUCUCAGGCUUAUAUCAAUAUAUGACAUGGAACACCAAUUUAUGAGGGCAACUUUUAAUGUACUUCUCAAAUGUAAA